AUGGUCGUUGUGACGUCAUGGGGCAUAGCAGCCGGGCAGGAUCGGACGCUUCCGUAUUUCCAUGACAUUCGAAACUGCUUAACGAAACGCGAGCAAAUGUAACUGCAUCAGAUUAGGAGUUUACUGUUAUUUCAGAAUAGUUCGUUGUUUUUAUUCAUUAAUUUAUGCAAUCUGUUGAUUUUGUUUAAUAUCUGGGAUUCUGGGAGCCCUUACGUCAACAUUUGUUUAGAGUUUAGACUCAAGACUCCUACCGAUCUACCAAGGAAAACUUAUUGCGUUCAAAGAAAACGAGCUGUGGAAGAGGUGAAGGUGAACCUAUCUUGUAAUAACAUCCAUUGCCGAUGAAUACCUUUGGUUGUAUAACAGACAGUUGUGUCAUGAGCAAACACAAAUUCUUAUUUGUUUAACUCUUAGUCGUUUUCGAGUGAAGUUCUACGAUCAUCAGGGGGUUCAUUUAUUUUAUUAGUAUUAUAUACUGACGUUUAUGUGGCUGGCUGACUUAUGUAGUAUAGCUGAUAUUUUCCUCUAGUUCGUCAUUUUUUGUGGUUCCGCUUUUUCAUGCCUCUCGAGAGAACGUAAAAUAUGCUUUGCAAUAUCCACAGAGUCACUGCUUGUUUAACUUACAUCAGAAAUGGAAAAAUACGAACUACAACCCCAAGAUGAAAACAUCUUUCCAGUUAGGUGCUCAUCAUUAAGCAGCCAUUCUUGAUUCUAGCAAAGUGGUAGCGAUCUUGUAGCCAGUAGAAUAAAUAAAAACUGCGUCCUCCGAGCAAUAAAAAAGUGAGAAGGAUUAUAUACAUGAAAGAACGAAAGACGAAAAUUUAUUUUCGAACAUAAACCCAACUACAAUUUCCUUUCUAUAAUAACUGUGUAGGACCCAUGAAGCAACUUGGCCUUCACACUGCAGCAAUGGAUUACAGAAACAUUAUUUGGAUAAAAACAGAGCCAACAGAUGAGAUAUCGACUGUGGCAGACUCCACUGUCCAGGUUUGCCCAUCCACUGUGAACAUAAAAGAAGAAUUGCAAGAGUGUGUGAAUCAAGAGUUUCCUGAACAUCCAUUGGUAACGCUGGAGUCCACUAAUUUUUCCAGGGAGGAAACACAAAAAAAAUUGGGACCAGAAGAAACUGAGAACAUUUUACACAUUCCUGAAUUUGAUCCUCAGGCAAUUAAAGAGGAGGGUUUGGAAUUUGAUGACUGUCUUCGUGAAUGUGACCCAUUGCAUAUAACAGAUGAGGAGGGGAUAGCCUCAAAAAGACUUGCACCACACAGUCCAAGGUUGACUAAAAUCGCUAAUGAGUGUGGUAACACUGGAUGUGAAGAAACAUACCUGCAGGGAGUGACUUGUGUGGAGCUGGAUAUUGAUGCAGAGAAAUCGACACAUGUUGUUGGUAGUGGAUCUCUAAAUCAAGUGUGUCUCUCUAAGCAGGAUAAUGCCCUAUGUGCUAGAAGUAAUAACAGGUUCAAGGAAUAUGAAUUCACAUGUAGUUCAUGCAAGCAAACCUUUUUGUCAAAGUACAGUCUAAUAAUGCAUGUGUUUACACAUAUUGAUGGUGUACAGCCACCUGUACAUAUCUGUACCACAUGUGGUGAAGUAUUUCAUACCCAUGAUAGCUUGAGUAGGCAUUCAAUGGUGGAAAAAAGGACUAGCCAACGAGAAAGUGAACAACAUAGCACAGUCUCUAAUAUCAAACCAAACAGAUCUGAUAUUUUUGGGGAAUCCUAUAGUCAGUCAAGUCCUUCAGUAACAAACAAUGAUGAGAGACCACAUGUAUGUGACGUUUGUGGAAAAUCGUUUGAUGCUUUGCGCAGUCUUAAGAAACAUACUUACAAUCAUACUGACAAGAGACCACAUAAAUGCAAAAUUUGUGGGUUUGCUUUUAUUCGCCAUUCUGAUCUCAAGCAGCAUUCACUGUCACAUACUGGCGAGAGAGCGCACAAAUGUAACGUUUGUGAGAAAUCAUUUAUUCUGCGUAGUCAUCUCAAGAAGCACUCCCUAAUACACAUCGGUGGGAGACCAUACAACUGUGAGGUCUGUGGGAAAUCCUUUACGGCAUGUGGUAGCCUGAAGAGGCACAUGUUAAUACAUACUGGCGACAGACCCCACAUAUGCCAUCUUUGCGGGAAAUCAUAUAUUGUAGCCGAAACUCUCAAGUAUCAUUUAUUAAAACAUACUGGGGAGAAACCGUACAAAUGUGACUUUUGUGGCAAAUCGUUUUCAAGGCCAUUCGCUGUUAAGGCCCAUUUAAUACAACAUACUGCUGAGGCAUCACACAAAUGUAAUGUUUGUGGUGAAUCGUUCAUAAACUCAUGGAAACUAAAGGUGCAUACAUUAAUACACAAUGGCGAGGAGAGACACAAGUGCGAUACCUGUGGGAAAUUAUUUACUAAUAGUCGUGGUCUCAGGGUUCACAAAUUAAGACAUACUGGUGUGAAACCACACGUAUGUAAUGUAUGUGGAAAAUCAUUUACGGACGCUGGUAACCUGAGGAAGCAUAUUUUCAUACAUACUGGUGAGAGACCGUACAAAUGUGUUGUUUGUGGCAAAUCAUUUACCGAAUCUAGUUGUCUGAAGAAACACCACUUAAUGCAUACUGGCGAGAGACCUUACAAAUGUGACAUUUGUGGCAGAGCCUUUACUCAGUCUGUUAGUCUGAAUGCGCAUAGGUCAAAUCACUUUCGCCAGAGUACAAAAAUUUUAUAACUGUGGGAUAUUUUAAAGAAAUCUCGAUAAGCUGGGUAGGUAUGUUAACAUAGAAGACAGAUCUCACAAAAAUAUGUCACUGAUCAGCUGCAAAAACUGAACUAGAUUUUUUAAGCAAUGUGCUAAAGACAGACAACAGUAAUUGCACAGAGGGAAUUGUUUUAGAUAUUAUUAUGAUACUAUAUCAGUGCAUUGUGGAGAGCCCAUUUUAAAAGUAUCAUAGCUUUGAUCAUUGUCAGGUGUGCAUAGUGGAAAAAUUUUUACAGGUUUUUGUGGAAAAUGUGCCAUGUGGAAAUGCAGACCAACUUUUUAAAGGUUGUAUUUCGAGAGAUAGUUGUUGUGUGUGUAAACUGGCUAAAAGUUGCCCAUUGGAACCAGCCAUGUGUGUGUGUGUGUGUGUGUGUGUGUGUGUGUGUGUGUGUGUGUGUGUGUGUGUCUGAAGUGUUUGUUCUACUUGUGUUAAUUUGUCUCUUGAAGGAUUGAGAAUUAUGUUUAAUGUAUGUACCCCUUGUAUUUAACCAGUGUAGUUUUGCUGAUAUUGGUAAUUAUAAUUUAUCCUCAUUUAAGGUAGUUCUGUAAAAUAUCAGUAGAACAGUCUAAACAGCAACUUCAGCAUUGUACAUAUGGUCAUAGUAUAAUAAAUAUGUAUUUUCUCCUGUUGUAAUAAUCAGUGCACUUUUGGACACAUUAUUGAAUUACAUGUUAAUGCAUAUAUCAAUACAUUAUUUAAAUUUCAUAUGCCACAGAUAGUUUGAAGCAACUUCCUUUUGAAGCUUCAUUAUUGAAGUAUGUUUGAGACAUUUUAAACUUUUAUUAGUUAAUACUUAUAUAAUAUUGUUCAUUGUAUCACCAUUUGUGUCUGAAGGUUGCUUGUGUAAGUUCCUUUAUUUAUACAUGUAUAAUUAGGCUUGAUUGUUAGUAUUAUCUGAAGAAUCUGAUUCCACCUCAUAUUACUCAAUUGUGGUGCUUUUCUAUGACACGCCUUUGCAACCAACUAGCUGUGGGAUACGUUUCUGUUGAAAUAAUUGACAACCAACUGUCCUCAUUGAUUGUUAAUACUUAGCCAUUUCCCUUCUGGAGACAUACGUUGUCAACUAAUGUGUGUAUCUGCAUUAAGUAAUGUGCAUCUGGGCUUCCUCGGCAAACAGAUACUGAAGUAUUAUGAUACAAUGUACUGAGUAUUUCUGAAGUGCUAUCUGUGAAGCCUGGUUACAUCAUAAAACUUGUUAGCACCAAGAGUACCAUUAUAGCAGGCGAAUGGAAUCUAGUUCUUGAUUAUCAGGAUUGCUAAAAAUUAUGUCAUUACAGAUCUAGUGAUUUAAAGGUGACUUUUCUGUCAACAGCUUGUUAUUUGAUUUUAAUAAACUAUUUUGAUAAU